ACCCUCAAUGACAACUGCAAGCUCCCCUGGCAACAACGCUUCCAGCAGCAGCUUGCCGGAUGCUGUUGUAAUUCCUCAAAUGCCCCAAAACCUUAACAUUUCCCCAAACUUGGUGCAGCAAACGAAACUUGAUUUGAAUGCCUGUUCUGCCCACCCAGAGAAUUCUACUUUGCCUGGAACUAUAAAGCAAGAAUUUAGCACAGCCAGCGGCUCGUGUUUUAUAAAGGAGGUCUGUCCAGAUCUUACAGUCACCACACCUUCUGUCAGUCUCAGCUGUGCUGUGCAGACUAAUACUUCAUUCGGCUUGGCUGAAGAACCCAAAGUGGAGAUGGACAGCCAAGCCACAGAGCCUGUCGCUGUGAUUUUGAAACUGCAACAGGAGCCCCGGGUCUCCAGCCCCCCGGCCCUGCAGGUGCGACGGUGGCAGCUAAAGGUGCAGGAGAACGAGGUACACUGCUAUCCGCUCAGACCGGACCCGUAUCAGGAGCAGAGGCAGCGAGGCAGGGACAGUGCCCGCAGAAGGAUGCAGAGGCUGAGGCAGAGCAGGAGAGGCGAGGGGAGGAGGCCCAUCGCUGGCAGAACGACACCGAUAGACGAGGCCGCUAGGCUGCGAAUGCGCCGCGAGUACUGGAGGGUCAAGAAGCAGGAGCAGAGAGCCAAGAAGGCUGCUGAGGUCAGAUUGGCCAGACAAGCAGAGGCAGGCUGGGAAAUGCAGGGCACAGACGAAGCAGAACUCAAGAGUGUAGGGUGCCUCCCCAAGACUGUGGCUCACUCUGCAGGCCUUACCCUACCUCCUUCUCCCGGACCUCCUGAAAACCUUCUGGGCUUGCCAGCGACUGUAGAGAAACAGGAACCACAAAAUGAUUCAGCCUUGCUUCACACUGGUACAGUGACUGACCGCCAACGAGACGGUGCAGCCAGCUCCUGUAAACACCUUGAAAUCAACGAGACAAAAGGAGUGUGCUCUACCAACUACGCCACCUUUGCUGAACCACCUGAAAACGUCUCUCUAGAAACCCAGGUGGGGCGGGCAGAGGAGCUGCCCAGCUGUACCUUGGCAAAGGGCCCUGUUGUGAUACUGGAAAGCCAGCAAGAUGCCCCGGCCUCCAGCCCUGAAGGCCCCCGGGUGAGGAGGUGGAAGCUGACAAUCCAGGAGAGCGAUGAGGAGAGAGGGGCCCCGCGGCAGAACAGGAUGUGUGAGUUGAGGCCCGCAGCUCCCCACAAGGUUCCCAGAACAAUGACAAAGAAGCAGCUGGACGAAGCCACCCUGCAGCAAAGGCGCGAGUACUGGAGGCUCAAGAAGCAGGAGCAGAGAGCCAAGACGUCAGCUAGGAAGAGGGAGAUGAGGAGGCAAGGAGAGGCAGAGGGACAGAGGUGGCAGCAGCUCAGGGAAAUGCAGGGAGAAGAUGAAGGCCAGCAGUUUACCUUCUGUGAGGAAAGCAACAUCGUGGCACAAAAGUCUCUGAGAGAAGAGGAGGCAGGACGCCACGUCAAGGCAGAGCUCUGUGAGGAUGACGUCAUCCCUCUGCAGCUGAGAGCUGAAACGCCAGACCCUGGCGUGGGUACAGAAGGACCGGAGCCCUUCUCGGAGGACGACGUCCCGGACUCGGAAGCAGGGUGGCGAACCCGGUUCCUGAUGGACUACGACCCCCAGACCGCCCUGCUGGUGUGCAUGGUGUGUGGGGUGGUGCAGCACCAGCAGAGUCUGGAGAGUGUGAGGAGUCACAUCUCAGAGAGCCACCCACACUCCCUGAGCCUGAGCGCCCAGGACAAGCACAGCAUCCUGGAGGCCUGGGAUGAGCAGGUCUCCCUGAGAGAGCGCUUCUUCAGCAGCCAGUUACAGCAGGGGGGCUCAGCAGGGAGAGAGUCGCCCGUGGCUGAGAUUGAAGUGUUUGUUGACUCUGACGAGCAGUCCGUCUGUAAGAAGCGCAGCUCCACAAAAGUCAAGAGGAAAAGAACGUGAUAAAUCCUCAGGAAAGCGUUGAAGAACAAGAGGCACCACUGACCACACAACUCAACUGCACCACCUAGUGGGGAACUCCAGAAUUACCUGAUCAAUAAAAUGACAACUGUGCUUCCCCGGACAGAGCUCCACUAGCAAGAGGAGGCAGGACAUGAAACCCCGCCCAAAUCCAAUUGCUAAACAAGAUUCAGAAAUGUAAAAAUGUGUCGCAUGAGAUUUGAAAAUCGCUAAUCUGAUUUAUUAUAUUUUUUUCUGUAUCUGUUUUUUUUUUCCUGUGAUCUGAAACAAAGACCUUCUGCUUUUUAAAAUCCUGUACAUGUAUUAUUUUACCCCUGUUUUUUCUCGACUCAAUUUUGAAUCUUUCAACAUCUAAAUGAUUUAACAUGACUAUGUAACGCAGUUAUCAUAUCUUUUACAUUGCCUGCUCAUUCGGUUUGGCACAGCUUAAACCAAUGUCUGCACUGCCUUUUAAAAUUGUUCGUUUUUAGUAGGGGUGUGGCGAUACUGUUACGCGUAAACGCCUUUAAAACGUAUUUAUCAGCAGAUAUGCAUCCAUUCAUGAAACGUAAAGCAAAGCUGUCCUUCCCUCACCUUUACAACAUCUGCAUUGAGGAUUUCAAAAGCCAAUUGGAAGUAAAAUUUUAAGUUAAGUUAACUGCCAUUGUGUGGUACUCGUUGUAAAGGUGAGGGAAGGACAGCUUUUCUUGUUUUGAAAUCAACACGUUUUGUAAAUGGAUUUAUUGAAUAAU